AUGGGACCAGGGAACGAUACCCGGUUUUCAAAUUUUCUUCUUCUGGGAUUAUCAGAUGAACCAGAAUUGCAGCCCCUCAUAUUUGGACUUUUCCUAUCCAUGUACCUGAUCACUGUGUUUGGAAAUCUGCUCCUCAUCCUGGCUGUCAGCUCAGACUCCCACCUCCACACCCCCAUGUACUUCUUCCUCUCCAACCUGUCCCUUGUAGACAUCUGUUUCACCUCCAUUACUAUCCCAAAGAUGCUGGUGAAUAUACACACAAAGAGCAAUGUCAUAACUUAUGCAGAUUGCAUCACCCAGAUGUACUUUUCCACACUCUUUGGAGGCUGGGACAACUUUCUUCUGGCUGUGAUGGCCUAUGAUCGCUUUUUGGCUAUUUGCCACCCCCUGCAGUACAUGGUCAUCAUGAACCCUCGGCUCUGUGGACUGCUGGUGCUGGCGUCCUGGACCUUGAGUGUCUUAAAUUCCUUAUUACAAAGCUUACUGGUGUUGCGACUGUCCUACACAGACUUGGAAAUCCCCCAUUUUUUCUGCGAUCUCAAUCAGAUGGUCAAACUUGCCUGUUCUGACACUUUCCUUAAUGACACUGUGUUGUAUUUUUCCACUGGGUUGCUGGCUGGUGGUCCCCUAGCUGGAAUCCUCUACUCAUACUCUAAGAUAGUGUCCUCCAUAUGUAGCAUCCCAUCGGCUCAGGGAAAGUAUAAAGCAUUUUCCACCUGUGCGUCUCACCUCUCAGUUGUCUCCCUGUUUUAUUCUUCAGUCCUAGGAGUGUACCUGAUCUCUGCUGCUACCCACAGCUCACAAUCAAGUGCAGUAGCCUCGAUGAUGUACAGUGUUGUCACACCCAUGCUGAACCCCUUCAUCUACAGUCUGAGGAACAAAGACAUAAAAGGGGCUCUGAAGAGAAUGUAUAGAAUAAUAGGUAUAAAGUGGACAACUGCCCCAGAGGUGAAGAAAUGCCCUUGA